AUGCAUCUGACGGAUGACAAAGUCACCUCUGUUGGGCUGACGCAAAACAAAACACCAGCACACACACUGAUCCGAGUCCGGAACAAUCAGCGACGUCACCGUGAGCGACGACGACAGUAUAUCACCUUCCUUGAAGAGAAGGUCGACCAUAGUGAAAAUCUUCUCGCCCAGGCAAGAGCAAGGAUUGCGGAACUAGAAAGUGAUUGCAAACACUGGAGGAAUCAGGCUGCUAAGAAACAUCCUGAUCGAGAUGUGAAUUCGGAACCGUUGGCACCAACUGAAGGACAACAUCAACAAGAGGGUAACGAGACCCUGGAAACCACCUUGUGGGUCCCAGAAAUCAGUCAGACACCCGAUCUAGCUACCACAUCCAAGUCUCAAUCCUCUCUGGUGGCAAAGAGAUCUAUGAUCGUAGAGGGCUCUUUUACCCCAUUAAUUUCACCGCAGGAACCAUUACCAGCGUUCAUAACGGCAACCUCUGUGACUCUUCUGCAUAUCCCAGAAUCUAGUCUGGUGCCGCAAUUUAGUACUGAGAUAGAGAGGGAAUCUACAUCAGCACUUUACGGCGACACAUUCGCCGACCAAUUCGAGGAUGCCUCUCAGGGCCUCUUAGGCCAGGAGUCGGACUGCAAGACAUAUCCUUCCUUCCAAGACGAAUCCACAGUGCUUUGCAGUCAUGCAUCCGUUUUAAUCGCGCAACAGAAUAUUCGAGGAAUGGAUGAAAUUGCCAUUCGAGGUUGGCUUGAGAAAGGCUUCCGGCGUGGGAAACACCAAAAUGAAGGUUGUCGGGUUGAAACAUCCUUGUUGUUCGCCUUAUUGGAUUUCAUCAGCACGUUUUAA